AUGGGCUGCACUGCUAGUACACCAGUUGACGAUGGCGACGACUCCCAAUACCAGAGUAAGCAGGUCAAUGAUGCCAUUGAACAGAUGUUACUCUUGGGCCAGCAGCGCGAGAAGAACCAGGUCAAGCUUCUGCUACUAGGAACAGGCGAGAGCGGGAAAUCAACCGUCUUGAAGCAGAUGAGAUUGAUCCACCAGGGAGGGUUCUCUGGCCAGGAGAGGAAACAGUAUUCUCAUGUAAUAUGGGCUGACAUGAUCGCUAGUAUGCAGAAGCUGAUUGUUCAAGCCAGGAAACUGGGUAUACCGAUGGACUGCGACAGGGCCAACUCUCCACUUGCGCAGCAUCGUGCCAAUGUCUUGAAAUACAGGCCCUUGGAGCACAUAGAUGCAGACGUAGCGGGGGGCUCAAAUUUUCUGAAGAAUUAUGUGCUGAAAUACUCAGAAACCAAAGAGGUGAAUAGGAGGAAGAUGAGCACUGGUCAGGCCGAUGUUGGUUGGGGAGAUCAGGAGGAAGAAGGUGCCAAUGGACCCGAGGAACCUGCAGAAAUUGAUGAUAUCAUGACUGGGCUACUAGAAGCUCAAGGAGGAAGUUCCACAAGACAGACCUCAAGGGAAAGUAUUGCCGAGUCAAUAGACCGACUGUGGAGAUUCGAUUCGGGAAUAAGACAAUGUUAUAAUCGAGGCAACGAAUUUCAGCUGGAGAGCUGUGCAGAAUAUUAUUUUGAGAAGGCCAUUCAAUUUGGUGAUCCGUCUUAUGUGUGCACUGACGAGGAUAUCUUGAAGGGAAGAAUCAAGACCACCGGAAUAACCGAAACCAACUUCAACAUUGACUCGUUUAAGUUUAAAAUUCUGGAUGCUGGUGGUCAGCGUUCAGAGAGAAGAAAGUGGAUCCACUGCUUCGAAGACAUUACUGCUGUUCUCUUCGUCCUGGCUGUCAGUGAAUACGACCAGAUGCUGUUUGAAGACGAGAAAGUCAAUCGUAUGCACGAGGCGAUAAUGUUGUUUGAGUCACUGUGCAACUCCAGAUGGUUCAUCAAUACUCCUUUUAUUCUCCUUCUCAACAAGAUGGAUAUUUUCGAGAAGAAAAUUGGACGCUCGCCAAUCAGAAACUACUUCCCGUACUACGAGGGGAAGAGUAACGAUGUAGGUGAGGCAUCAAAGUACUUCGAAAAGCUGUUUUUGAGUCUGAACAAAACCAAAAAACCGAUAUAUAUCCACAGGACUUGUGCUACGGAUACAAAGAGCAUGAAAUUCGUUCUUUCGGCAGUGACGGACAUGAUAGUCCAGCAAAACCUAAAGAAGAGCGGAAUCUUGUGA